UACCGCGAGGGCAAACGCAGAUGCCCUCUCGUUCGAUACUCCGACCGAUCUGAAAGAAACCACCGAAGCAAAGUCGCGACUUUUAGCGUUUCCGAUGUAUCAUCCGACCAGAGGCGGUGUUCGUGGCGGUCGAGAUCAAUUCAGUUGGGACGAUGUGAAGGUUGAUAAACAUCGGGAGAACUAUCUUGGUCACAGUGUCAAGGCCCCCGUUGGAAGAUGGCAGAAAGGUAAAGAUCUUAACUGGUAUGCUAGAGAUAAACGAGGGGGGAGUUCCAAUGAAGAUGCCUUAAAAGAGGAGAUAAAAAGAAUAAAGGAAGAGGAGGAGCAGGCCAUGAGGGAGGCACUUGGCUUGGCACCAAAGUCUUCAACCAGACCUCAAGGCAAUCGCCUCGACAAGCACGAGCUUUCUGAACUUGUCAAGCGUGGCUCUACUGCCGAGGACGUCGGUUCAGGCCAUGCUGAAGCUGCAUGGGUUCACGGUGUUGGCUUUGCAAAAGCACCCCGCCCUUGGGAAGAUCCCAAAUCACUUCCAUCCUUUGAGAAAGAAGAAGAUCCGCCGGUAGUGUCGAAAACUGUUGGGAAUGAACCCAUCGAUUCCGAGGGCGAUGAGAAGAAGGGGAAACCCGAGAAGCGAGAAAAGCAAGACCGGCAUGAAAGGCGUGAGAAACGUAAGAGGCAUGAAAAGACACACUCUCGUGAUUCGGAUGGCCGGAAGAAACGCGAGAAAGACAAGGGAGGAAGGAAGCAUAAGCGGCAUGGUUCUGAUUCGGGCUGAGAGUGUUCUGAAUUACAUUCACUUUCCGGAAGAUCUUUCUCUAUUCUGUCUAGUGAUGUGAAAAACAUAUUAUUUGCUUCCCUCGAUCCGGUUUAGUAUAAAUGGUUUAGUUACUUUUGGAUCCGGUUUGAUGUAUUGGGCAACGGGCCCACAAAGGCUUCUUGGGAUAUCUCAAUUAAGUUUGGUUAAUUA